ACUAACAGGCUGAGUGUCUGGGUGCCAUGGGUGCACUUGAAGGACGCUUGUUGGAUUGACAUAAAUCUGCAGGAACAUCACCAAGCCAAACAGAUUACAGUAAAAGGUCAAUGAUGCAGAGGGAGGACGAAGCACGGGAGGAGUUUAGCUACACCCACAUACCCACUCUGGAACGAGCAAGCAUGAGUGGCUCGCUGAGCAGGCGAAUGGAACGAGAAAUGGAGAGAGCGGAGAGGGACAGCUACAUAGUGGACGUGAGAGCCAGUGACCUGGAGCUGGACGAAGCUGAGCCAUUACACCCCUGCCUCAGCUACAGAGCCUGGCUUUACAGCAUCCUCAUAGGGUGUAGUCUCUUGAUCACAGCUGGAUUCUCUAUCUAUCUGGGUAAUGUGUUUCCUGAUGACAUGGACUACCUGCGCUGUGCUGCUGGAGCAAGUAUUCCAGCUGCCGUGGUGAGUUUUGCCAUCGCUGUAAAGUGGCGUGUUGCAGUGUCUGAUUUUCAGAUGGUGUAUGUAUCCACAUUUGCUGUAAUAACCACAUGUCUGGUGUGGUUUGGUUGUAAGCUGGUUCUGAGCCCCUCAGCUGUCAAUAUCAACUUUAAUCUGAUUCUGCUCACACUGCUGGAAGGCCUCAUGGCUGGCACUGUCAUCCUGUCAGCUCGUUCUGUGGAGGACUGCUGCAGCCAUAGCAAGCCAGUGUAUGACGGCCCUGUGGCAGUGACCCAUGCUGUAUUUCCUUCAAGACUUCUCAAGGCUUAUUCUGUGAUUGAGGUGAUUGUUGGGAUAUCUGCUGUAUUUGGUGGCAUUAUUGCUCUCAACAUGGACGCUCUGCUGCCAGGGCCCUACCUCUCUGUCACGUUCUUCUGGAUUCUAAUAGCUUGUUUCCCAAGUGCCAUAGCCAGUCAUGUGGUAUCAGAAUAUCCAAGCAAGUGUCUGGUAGAAACACUGAUUGUCAUCAGCAGUGUCACCUCACCACUGCUUUUCUCUGCCUCUGGCUACUUGUCCAGCAGUGUACUAAGUUUUAUUGAGAUUUUUCUCCAUGAUGUGCCCAUAGCAAAGCAAUCAUAUGACAUCUUACUGCUGAUCCUAAUGGUGCUGCUGCUGGCUCAGGCAGGCCUGACACUGGCCACUGUGGUGCACUGCGCUUCCUACAAAGGUCAGCUGCGCAGUGGGGCACCAGAGAGGGAGGACAAUCCAUCAAUAGAUCCACACAAAUAUGAGCUAAGAGGAUCUAAUGGCACACUGCGAGAUUUUGACAAAGAGAAGGCCUGGAAGGCAGUGGUAGUGCAAAUGGCUCAGUAAACACAGAGAGAAAGAACAAACAAGGAACAAUCAAAUGUGUGUAGAGGAGGAAUAAGGAGGUAUAGUUCAAUGACAGUAAGAAUGUUUGGUAACCGUGAAUUACAAGUAUUCAAAAUACCUAUUCAGAAUAAAAAAUUUAAAAAAAGAUAUAUAUAUAUACAGUAUAUAUAUAUAUAUAUAUAUAUAUAUAUAUUUUACACCGAUUUUACAAUUUAGAAUUUGGCUACUACUACUAUUUAGCUCAGUGGUUAUACAUUUUAAUGCUUGACAUAUGUUUAUUUUGUAUACUUAUUUAAAUAUGCACAUGUUUAACAUGCAUGGCUGUGUUCUAUCUCAUGUCCCUAACAUCAAACAUCUUAUUAACACCUUAUUAAUUUUCUUAGUUUGACUUUAUGCACUGGUUUUAUG